UAUAGAAGAAAAAAUUCUUAUAAUUGACAAUUGAAAACUACCAAAACAUGUAUCAGUCCAAGCAAAAUAUGAAGAACAACCAAAAAUGAUGUUAAAAGGAUUGGCAGAGUACAUGAAACACCUUGGAUAUGAAGAUGCAAAUAGAAUUGAAGACUACACAGUUGUUUUGGAAAAGAUGAAAUGGCGUAGCAACAAUGACUAUACAAACUGUGGAGUUUACAUUAUGAAGCAUAUGGAAACCUUCACUGCUGAUCCUAAUGAGAGCUGGAUUUGUGAUUUAAAACCAAACAAUGUGGAACAAAUUAGAAAGCUAAGGCUCCAAUACACAACAGAACUGAUGUUAUUUGAAGAAAACACUGAAUCAAGAGCAAAUAGAAGGAAAUCUAGAAAAUUUGCAACUUUUUAG